UCCGAUUCCUUCCCCCGCUUGCCGGGCACCGCCUGCGCCAAGCGAAGCGCGGCAGAUGUUGCCUCUCUCUCUCUCUGUGGCGUAGAUCCAAGCGUGCUCCACACUGUCCUGGACGGCCACACAGAUGCCGUCUGGAGUCUGGCGUUCAGCCUCGCCAGGAAUCGCUUGGCUUCCUGCUCGGCCGACGGCACCGUGAGGAUAUGGGACCCCUGCAGCGGCUCCUGUCUUAGCACCUACAACGGGGACAGCGAAAAUGGCACCCCGACCUCCGUCGCCUUCUCCAGCACCGAUGCCACGCGGGUGGUGGCAGCCUUCCAGACGGGCAGAGCGGUACUCUACGAUGCGGAGGCCUCCUGCCCCAUCCUGACCUUCGAGGGCAGACCUGCCGGAGGAGCCAGUCAGAUCAACCAAGUGGUGAGUCACCCCACCCAGCCUGUCACCAUCACGGCGCACGAUGACCGAGGGAUUCGUUUCCUAGACAAUCGGACAG